AUCAUUACAGCCCGUUGGGAUGUUGAAUGACUCGCCGAGUCGGACCGCUUCGGUCCAGGUUCUACCCGGUUUCCGAUGGUAAAACGAACACUGCCACGGACAGCGCAUUAAAGCUUUCACUUCAAUCCGUUUCAAAGUUCUCGCACUAUCAUCAUCCGUGGUUUCUUUCAAUGAGCGAGGUUGUAAACGCUAUCGUCGCUUUUGCAGUCAUUGUCAUCAUCUUCCGAUGGGCAACUUCAUCCAGCGACCCUUCCAGUAGGAGGUCAGCAUCUUCAACUCUCGGUUUCAGGCCAAAGAAUGUAACGCAGGAAAUGGUUGACCAGAUACAUUCCAUGUUUCCAACCAUACCACAAGAUAAUAUUCGUUAUGACUUGCUGAGGACAGGGAGCGUCGAGAUCACCUCGAAUAAAAUUCUGGAGCGUGGAUAUCUUGAUGCGCCUCCUCCAGCAUAUUUCACUGUCUAUACUCGCACAGAGGUUCUCCCACAACCCCGGCAAGUUGCUCCUCAAGGGCAAUCGACAGGUUUAGCACCAACCCCGAAAGAGAACCUUAUAUCCCGUUACAAGCUACAAGACCGAACGCUAUCCUCCACUUUGUCACCCGAAGAUCAUCUUGCCUUCGGCAAAGCCAACUGGGAGGAUUCGUCGGAGAAGCGCGAGGCUAGUUUGCAGGAAAGGAAAGCACAGAUGAUUUUGGCUGCCAGACAGUGCGUCUCUAUCCUUGAGUCGAUGCCCUUGAUUAAUUAAUCAUUAUCAGACGAUUGCUGGCACAGCAAACUC